AUGGAGGCUAUCAAUACAGUUCUCGCAUUUGUUGCCUCAAAAAAGCAGCUUGCAGUGACUUUCAGUGUCAUCAGAACCUCUGUGGAGGCUCAACUGAAGCAUCCGUUGGAAAUAGCCAGUGUUGCCGAGUUAAAGGCACUACUCCCUGACGUCAUACGCUUCUCCUAUAUUCCCAAGGAAGAGCUACGAGUGAAUGGCGACAAGGACAAGGAUUUUGAACUACGUACAGGACCUUCCGCAUCCUCGGCCACGGACGAGGGUCAUGUCCUCAUUCUAGAGAUGGUGGACAACCUAAAGGGAAAGCAAAGUAGAAAUGCUGGGUUCGCUUACUCCCAUCCCCCGAAUCUAACGAUUGCAGCGCUUCAGAAACUGAUCGACAAGCGGAACGACGCUUGCAAAGAGGCAAUUAACAACUUUCUGGCACAACUAGGACCCGACGAGGAUCCUGUGCAGCUUCUCAAAGAUGCCGGCCAUGACCUUGUUCCAGUCAACCCCUCAGCUCCCUUCACAGCUGUCGAAGAGAAAACAGGAGUACCUGUGCCGUCGAGUGCAGAAAGAUCUCCAAUAUGCGAUAUCAUCGAAGAAAUAACCUCCCAAUCAUGGUACCAAGACCAAAUCCUUCACCGCCAAACAUUCGAAGCUCGCGAAGCCCGUCUAGGGACUUUGGACCCCCCGCCAUCCGAAACUAUUUCUCAAGCUCUUCUUGACUCCCGGAAGAUAUCUAAAUACUACUCGCACCAGGCGCAGGCGAUCCAGGCUAUCCGGAAGGGAAAGCAUGUUGUGGCUUCCACGAGUACCGCGUCUGGAAAGAGUUUGAUUUAUCAGGUGCCUCUCUUAAUGGCUUUGGAGCAGGACCCAAGCGCAACAGCGAUUUUUGUAUACCCUACAAAGGCCCUUGCCCAGGAUCAAAAGGCAUCCCUGGAACAGCUCAUCUUUACAUGUAGGGGAUUGAACCGUUUGACUGUUGCAACAUAUGACGGGGAUACUGCACAAGACGAGAGAAUCAAAAUCCGUGAGACAGCCUCUGUCAUUUUCACAAAUUUCGACACGAUACAUACCUCUAUAUUGCCUCAUGAAGAGAAAUGGAGAACCUGGCUGAAGAGACUCAAGCUUUUCGUGGUGGACGAGCUCCACUAUUAUACAGGUCUUUUUGGCAGUCAUGUCGCUCUUAUCCUCCGCCGCUUUCGACGAAUUUGUGCCGCUCUCGGAAACCGCAGAGUGCAAUUUGUAUCGUGCACCGCAACUCUCGCUAAUCCUGCCAGGCACAUGGAGAAGAUGUUCGGGCUAUCGGAGAACGAGGUACAUCCGGUUACCGAAGACGGUGCCCCCUCCAAUAAGAAGGACUUCCUCGUGUGGAAUCCUCCCCUGAUCGACCCCCUUGAACCCAGCCUUGGGACUAAGAGUGCCAUGAACGAGGCGACCAGUUUGAUGAGGUUCUUAAUGAAGCGGGGUGUGAGGGUGAUUCUGUUUUGCAAGAUCCGUAAGAUUUGUGAAUUGGCGAUGAAGACGUUGAAGGCGGACUUGAGCAACGAGGGACGGCAUGAUAUUCUCAAGAAAGUGAGACCUUACCGAGGAGGUUAUUCGCGAGAGGACCGACGUCGAAUCGAAGCCGACGCCUUUGCGGGUGAACUGCUCGGCAUCGUCUCUACUAAUGCACUCGAACUGGGAAUCGACAUCGGUGUGCUGGAUACUGUGAUUAUGCUGGGAUUUCCAAUGACUAUUCCAAGCUUCCGACAGCAAGCUGGUCGUGCAGGUCGCCGUUCGCAGGAUUCUCUGGUGGUUCUGGUGGUAGAACCGUUCGCGAUCGACCAGUACUAUGCAAAGAACCCAACUGAAUUAUUUGAUGGGCGAUUGGAUGAACUUAUGGUUGAUAUCGAUAGCAAGGUGGUUCUUGAGGCCCACCUGCAGUGUGCAGCGUUCGAGAUGCCUCUUUCAGGGGAGGAUGAGGAAUGGUUUGGUCCCUCGACGCGAGAGAUAUGUGAACAACGAUUACUCAAAGACAAGGACGGAUGGUACCACACCCAUCCGAACUUCCUACCGUACCCAUCAGCGCAUGUAUCCAUUCGAGGAGCACAAGAAGAGAAAUACCUUGUUGUUGAGGUCCUCAGUGACGGUCGGACACUGAAUCAGAUCGAAGAAGUCGAGGUGUCGCGAGCGAUGUUUGAAGUCUACGAGGGUGGAGUGUUCUUACAUCAAGGUUCUACGUUCAUCGUAAAGGAAAUAAGUCAUGAUUCAAGAGUGGCCAAAGUCCUGAGGGCAGAAGUGAACUACAUUACCUCUCCUCGGGACUUCACGAACGUGGAUGCAGUACAGACCCAGCGUAUCCGCCGUGCCAAAGCGUGCCUGGCAUACUACGGAAAGGUUCACGUUGAAGUAAAAGUGUUCGGCUUCUUCAAAAUAAGGAACAAGUCGAUCCUCGAUGCUGUCGAUUUGGACACUCCUAGCUGGGAACGAGAUACGAGUGGCUUCUGGAUCGACGUCCCAAAACCAAUCCUGGAACUUUUACGGUCGCUGCAGGUCAAUGUAGCGGAGGCGAUACAUGCAGCAGAACACGCGUUCCUCAAUCAGUUCCCUCUUUCUGAAGAUGUCAAGACGGAAUGUAAAGCUGCUGAGAAGGAAUAUAGGGUCACGGAAUCUACCCGGAAGCGACCUGCAAGGUUAAUUUUCUAUGACGCUGUAGGAAAGGGAGGUGGCGUGAGCUCGAAAGCGUUCGACGAAGUUGAAGCGAUCCUCGACCGCGCCUGCACCGUGGUCUGCAGUUGUUCCUGUGAAGACGGUUGUGCCAAAUGCGUACAGAGCCUCGUGUGCAAGGAGGCCAACCAGGUGUCUUCCAAGGUCGGCGCCGAAAUAAUCCUUAAAGGAAUCCUUGGACAGGAUAUCAGUUACAACUACGAGCAAGUGAAGUCUACUCCAUACACAGGCCCGAAUACUAUAGUCGAAGCGCCUGCGGUCAAAGCUCUAGAGGGGGUUCAGAUCGAGGAGUCCGAGGUACAACCGUAGCAAGGCUUGCAUACGCAAUGUGACUGGGAUCACAGUGCGAUUUCAAUGAUACAGCCUAGUAUAUGUAUAAGCAUGGCGAUUACACCAUAGUCGUGGUAUGAAACCCCCAGUGAUUGAUCUCAUAAAUAAGCAGUGACCAGGCAUUCCGUGAAGGAAUGCGGCAUGUAGUAAAUCGUUACAGAGUGGACUACGCUAGCGGGUCAAAGUCUCCCCAGUCUGCUUUCGACAGCUGUUUCUGUCCGCCUGCGCCCCACGCCGGUUGUGCGGGCUUGGAUGGCGUGAGGAUGUUCCCACCUAUUCCCAUACUUAUUGGAGCGGCAGGAGUGCUCGCAACCAGAGGUGUGGAGAAUACUGAAGGUUGUAUGGAAGGCGCUUGGGUGGUUAAUGACGAUCCAAGGUUGAUAUUGUAAUUGGGUGCGGCAUAGCUUGGCUGUGAAGAAGCUGCCGGGGAACUGAAGCCAGGAGCGGGUGGGAGAGAAGAGGCAGAUGGUGUAGCGGUAGUGAUAGGGGCAGUGGACAGAGUGAUGUUGUAAUUCGGCUUGGACGAGGUGGAAGCAGUGGACCCGAACGAAGAUGACGAUAACCUGGAUGCCGGUUGUGAUGUCCCAAGCUUCGAAGGCCGCGGCUGAAAAUUGGGUCGGCUGGGUUGCUGUGGCGGCGAGAGGGAUGGUGUGAUCACCGGCGGCGUCUGGAGGGAAGGGGAACUAAAGCUGCUGCUAACAGUAGGAGUCUGAUGCUUCGCUGUCUGGUCUCCGUUCAGCAAGCUACCCCAGACGUCGUCUUCCCAUGACGCAGCAGGAGCAGGGGCAGCGCUAGGGGUGGCGGUGACUGCAGAACUAGCCAAACCUCCAUUGGCCAUCGCACUGCCCUUGCUUACUAGGGUUUCGAAAUCGGCUGUGGUUGUGUUCAGAGGAACUCCACCGUUCCC